AUGGAAAACAGCGCUGCCGAGGCUUCACUCGCACUCCCUGAUAUCCAGAGGGAAUAUUUUCAUUCGUCUCCCGAGAACAUGAACGUGGCAAGCGACGAGGCAGAGGCCGAGUCUGCCCUGCGUUUCUCUGCCCCAGAAUCCAGCCCCGAGGAAGCCGCCGGUUCCUCGCGUGCCGCGGCAGCUCCGAAUCCCCACGUCGUGCCGUCAUUCUCCGAGCUCCGCAUGGACAGCAUUCCCCUUCACAGGCUGGGUCUGGAGUUUCCCCCAACCACAAGCCCGUCGGAGGCCAACGAAAUGGCCGUCCUUCUCAAGAAUGAGUUGACACGCCAAGAGCUCGAGCCGCCCGCCCUGCCUCCUAGCAAGGUGGAAGAUCUGCCUAAGAAGGAGGUUGCCAAGCAGUACAGGGAGCUGCCCGAGAAUGCCACCUGGCAGGAAAAGAAUGCCAUCAGGCACUACAACAACAUGGGCAAGCUCGAUGCCGCGGUGAGGAGGGCGAUGAUUGAAGUCGUCGAGCAUCGUGUUCGCGAGUCGGACCAGAAGCUCGCAGAUGAGCGCAAGCGCAACGAGGCCAUCAAGCGCAGCGAGAGGGCCCGCAAGAGAAAGGCCGAGAUCGAGGCCCUCAGGGCUGACGCAGCCACCCUUGACCAGAUAAUGGCAUCAUCCUCCAUGGUACCGGCACCGGCACUCACUUCUGUCUACAACGACACUUCUGCCUUCAACAACACAGGUGGUACCUACAACAGCAUAGGCGGUUCCCAGUUCAACAAUGCCGGCGGUGUGUCCAACAACACAGGUGGUGUCUCCAACAAGACUUGUGUUGUAUCCAGCAGCACUGCUACCAGCAGCAGCACCGGCCCCAAUAUCGGUGCCAUCGGCGGUCCCUGCACGCCCACUCGCUUUUGCCAAGGCAACCAUGAGGCUAGCCUCCAUCACCAGGAACCUUGGCGCUCUAUGACAAUCUCUAACCCCAGGACAAGAGCUGCUCGUCAGCCGUUUGUGUGCCCGUUUGCUUCUCAGAACCGCAUUCGGAUGUUUGAGACGGUGGCCCGGAGGGCCGGGUCGUCGACGACGCCCGAGUCUUCUCCUCCUCCUCAGACGGACGCUCAACCUCUCCCCCAGGCGAUUGCUCCGCCUCCUCCCUCUCCUGUCUUUCAUUCAGAGCCCAUGUCUGAGGAUAUGAAUGACAAUGAUGUUCUUCUAGAGGGGUGGGUUCACGAGGAUUCUGAUUUUUAG